AUGGCACCAGUUGCAAUCGAUCCCCGUAUUAUUGACGUUGCGCCCCCACGAAAAGACACCCUAGGACUACCCGAUUCCGCGCGGGUGCGCCUCGAAGCCGCCGGGAUCGACCUGAGUGACGGCUAUCCGUACCGACCCUCCCGACCACUCUAUCUUGACGACGUGUACAACGUGCGCAACUAUGACCGGGCUCAUAUCGACCCCGGAACUCGAGCUGACCCCGAGAAGAAAGCUUUGCUGUCAGCUGCCACCGAAGUCAUUCCACUAACUCGGCAUAUCGGCACGGAGAUCGUAGGACUGCAGCUCAAAGACCUGACAGACCAGCAGAAAGAUGAGCUGGGCCUACUCAUCGCCGAACGAAGUGUGGUCUUCUUCCGGGAUCAGGACAUUUCACCCCAGCAGCAAAAGGCGCUGGGCGAGUACUUUGGGGAGAUUGAAAUCCAUCCCCAAGUACCGCAGGUGCCCGGUGUCCCCGGAGUCUCAGUGAUCUGGCCGGCGCUCCAAGCCACCGAAACCCCCGCCAGCUUCCGUCGACCAGGUGGCUCCUCCCGAUGGCACACCGACUUGGUCCACGAGCGACAGCCUGCAGGCGUCACUCACCUCCACAAUGAUACCGUGCCCACAGUCGGGGGCGACACCCUCUGGGCAAGUGGAUAUGCCGCAUACGAGAAGCUGUCGCCACUAUUCCGGAAGUUCAUUGAUGGCAAAACCGCCCUCUACCGGUCCGCACAUCCGUACCUCGAUCGCCAGAACCCCGAGGCUGGGCCUAAAUAUGUCGAGCGUGAACACCCCCUCGUGCGUGUGCAUCCAGCCACGGGGUGGAAGGCCCUGUGGGUCAACCGGGCCAUGACCGUGCGCAUCGUGGGCCUGGACAAGGCAGAAAGUGAUGUGAUCCUGGGGUACCUGUACGAUGUGUACGAAAAGAACCCGGAUAUCCAGGUUCGCUUCAAAUGGAGCCCACGGACCAGUGCGUUGUGGGAUAACAGAAUCACUAUCCAUAAUGCUAGCUGGGACUAUGAGGGCUCCCAGCCUCGACAUGGCACGCGAGUGACGUCCCUGGCGGAGAAGCCCGUUUUUGACGAGAACGCACCAACGCGGCGGGAGGGACUGGGGCUACUAGGGCCCGAAGAGAUUGAUGAGUUGCAUAAGCUCAGCCAGCUGGAGCUGAAGUGA